GUCGCGACGCCUUCCGCGCACGUGAUUAAUCAAGGCAUGUCUGACAGUGACACCAUGUCGGAAUCGAGUGCUCCCUCUUCGCCUUCCUCCAAUUCUCCAAAACGCGAAGGCCCGAAAUACAAUGGCAGUCUCCCUCAUGACGCGAUUGAGGGCGUUAAACAUCUUGGCCAGGUUCCGUGUGCACGCAACAGUUUAUUGACAGGUUUAGCCAGCGGUGCUGGUAUGGCUUUCAUUAGAGGCGUUUCUGUUGCACCAAUUACAGCAGGCCAUUGGUUCGCAGCAACCUUCGUUGUGGUGUCCUUGGGAUCUUGGCAUCUUUGUCAAGCACAAAUCGCUGAAGAACGAAAGAAAGUCCAACAAAUCAUCGAAAGUUCACCAAAGCGUAUAUUGAAAACAAACGACGAUGGACCUGGAAAGUGA